GCGUUACACACGAAACAUCUAACAUCCUGUGCAGGUUUGUGAUGCGGUAAAGGUGCAGUGAGGAGAAGUAUAAAAGUUUGAGGAAUAUUUACAUCAUUUCACUGCCCAAAGUCUGAUGAAUUAGUGACAGGGAAACUGCAGACGGCAUCAUGUCGGAUAGCGCAGACAGCGGCGGCUCAGAGCAGGAUGAUUUCUCGUUCUUACGAACGGAAGACAUAUUCUGCCUGAGCUGUGUGACGUCCACUAGGGACAGCGAUACCACUGAGCGAGUCUGUCUGGCUGCGGAAGGGUUCGGGAGUCGAGUUUGCUUCCUUGAAAACACAUCCAGCAAGGAUGUACCACCGGAUAUUUCGGUUUGUUCCUUUGUGUUGGAGCAGGCACUUUCGGUCAGAGCUUUGCAGGAAAUGGUGUCUUCCUCAUCUCCAGAGUCCACUGCUGCUCAGUCGGGUCACAGAACAUUACUGUAUGGACACGCAAUUCUCCUCCGUCAUCUUCACAGCAAUAUGUAUUUAUCCUGUCUGUCCACAAGUUCAUCUAAUGACAAACUAGCAUUUGAUGUGGGCCUGAAAGAAAAAGCACAAGGUGAGUCUUGCUGGUGGACCAUUCAUCCAGCCUCCAAACAGCGGUCAGAGGGCGAAAAGGUCAGGGUUGGAGAUGACCUGAUUUUGGUCAGUGUUUCUUCAGAAAGAUACUUGCAUAUAGGCAGUGGGUCCAUGGUGAUUGCCUCCUUCCAGCAGACUCUAUGGACAGUGAAUCCAAUGUCUUCUGGUGCUUAUAGACUCAAGUCAGUUGGAUAUGUGUUUGGUGGUGAUGUCCUUCGUCUAUUUCAUGGACACAUGGACGAGUGCUUGGCUAUUCCUGAAGCUGGGAGUGAAAAUGAGUUCAGUGCUGUAAUGUAUGAAACUGGAGCUGUCUGUAGCCAUGCUCGAUCUUUAUGGAGGAUAGAAAUCAUCAAAACAAAAUGGUCAGGGGCUUUCAUCCAGUGGGGACAGCAGUGCCGAUUACGUCACGUGACAUCAGGGAGGUACCUGGGCGUGACCCACGAUAAACAGGUGAUUACAGUUCACCGCAACAAAGCAGCAGAGAAAGCCGUCACCUUCUAUCUCCUGCAGACCAAGGAUGAAAAGAAACAAUUGGAAACAUCGGAAGAAGAGGGGAUGGGGAAGUCUGAUAUUAAGUACGGAGACACCAUUGUGUUUAUUCAGCAUAGUGACACAGGACUGUGGCUCUCCUACCAAACAACGGAGGUCAAGAAGAAAGGGGUCGGCAAAGUCGAGGAAAAGAAGGCUGUGAUGCUUGUGGAGGGACACAUGGAUGAUGGUUUCACAUUCUCUAGGGCUCAAGAGGAGGAGUCCAGGUCUGCCAGGGUCAUACGCAAGUGUCAGUCCAUCUUCCACCGCUUCAACAAUGUCCUUGAUACAUUGAAAACAGAGGGUAGAACUGGAAUUGCUUGGUCCAGGAUAACUCUUUCAGAGGUCCUAAAAUGUUUGGAAGAUAUGAUUGAAUACUUUGCUCAACCAGACAAAAAUGAAGAACAUGAAGAAAAACAGAAUAAGCUGAGAGCUCUUCGUAAUCGACAGGACUUAUUCCAAGAGGAGGGAAUGAUUGCUCUGAUCUUGGAGACAAUUGACAAGUUUAGUCAGUACAAGAGUCCUCGACAUUUUGCUCACUAUGCAGGAGAGGAGGCUGCCAGUACCUAUGAAGACAUUGCCAGUUAUCUCUACCUUCUUCUUGCUGCCAUGAUUCAGGGAAACCGUGCCAACUGUGCCCAGUUUGCUCAGUCCUACCGCCUUGACUGGCUGGUGAGGAGACUGGAGGGGCAGCAGUCCUCCAAGGGAGUGCUGGACGUACUGCACUGUGUCCUCAUUGACAGCCCCGAGGCCCUCAACAUGAUCAAGGAGAAACAUAUCAUCACCAUUAUAUCGCUCAUAGACCGUCAUGGACGUGACCCCAAGGUUCUUGAUGUUUUGCGGUCACUUUGUGUUGGAAAUGGAGUUGCUGUAAGAACAAAUCAAAAUCUAAUCUGUGAUAACCUUUUACCGGGGAAGGACUUACUGCUGCAGACCAGUCUUAUCAACCAUGUGUCAAGCAUAAGGCCAAAUAUUUAUGUUGGGGUGAAAGAAGGAUCUUCCAUGUACAAAAAGUGGUAUUUUGAGGUAGUUGUCACUCAGUUUGAGGCAGCCAAUCACCUUCCACCAACAAUGAGAGUGGGUUGGGCCAACACUGAAGGCUUUAUUCCAUAUCCAGGAGGGGGAGAACACAGGGGAGGCAAUGGCAUUGGAGAUGAUCUGUACUCGUAUGCUUAUGAUGGAGUCAACUUGUGGACAGGGGGUAAGAAAAAGGCUGUAAGAAAUUCAGAUGAAACAUUUAAACCUGGCGACAUUGUUGGAUGUGGCCUUGACCUGACCAUCCCUCAGAUCACCUUCUCCGUCAAUGGCAAGCAAGUGCUGGGAUUCUUCAAGGACUGCAAUCUGACUGGCUUGUUCUUUCCUGUUAUUUCCAUGUCUGCCAGAGUUGGUUGUCGCUUUAUGCUGGGUGGGGAGCACGGUAAGCUGAAGCACGGCCCGCCCCAGGGUCACUCUGCGGUGGUGGAGUCCCUGAUGCCCAAGGACAGGCUCAGACUAGAGCCCUGCUUCAUGUUUGGAGAGGCGUCCAAGAACAUCCUGAGUGGACCAACCGAGAUCACUGACUAUGUUCCCUUUGUGCCAAAAGCUAUUGAUACAGCAAAUAUCCAGUUACCAAUCUACAUAGAGAAAGUGAGAGAUCGACUAGCUGAAAACCUGCAUGAGAUCUGGGCUAUGAGCAAGAUUGAGCAGGGCUGGAAAUUCGGAGAAAUCCGAGAUGAUCAAAGGAAAACCAAUCCAUCCCUCACAAACUUUGAGAAACUUCCAAAAUCAGAAAAGAAAUAUGUGGUGACUGUAGCAUAUGAAACACUUAGAACUUUGCUUGCAAUUGGUUACCACAUAUCAAUGGAUGCACAAAAGAAAGAAAACAAUAGACUGAAAAUGAUCAAACUUGGAAACGACUUCCUUCAAAGCAAUGGGUACAAGCCAACCCCCCUGGACCUGUCAACUGUUCAGAUGAGUGAGGUCCUAGAGGACCUCGUGGACAUGCUGGCAGAGAACACUCACAAUGUGUGGGCCAAGGACAGGAUCAAAAAUGGCUGGACCUACGGCUUGUUUGAGGAUGCUGCAAACAAGAGAAGUCCAUUCUUAGUGCCAUACAGUAGAGUCGAUGAAAAAAUAAAAAAAGCAAACAGGGAAGAAGCCAACCAAAUUGUGAAGACAUUGCUGGCUUAUGGUUAUAAUUUGGAACCACCGACCAGUGAAAUGGGAGAAAGCUCUCUCAGAGCUUAUAUAAGUGAGAAGGCAGAAAUGCUCACCAAAACAAGGACAUACCGUGCUGAAACUACCUAUGGAGUGACAUCUGGGAAAUGGUAUUAUGAAUUUGAGGUCAUUACUGCAGAAUUCAUGAAAGUUGGCUGGGCAAAGAUAUCCCUGGAUCCAAGCACAGAACUAGGCUUGGAUGGCAACUCCUAUGCAUUUGAUGGUUUUGGUGGAAGAAAAUGGAACCAUGGAGCAGAACCUUAUGGCAAACAGUGGAGGAGUGGGGAUGUCAUCGGCUGUAUGCUUGACCUGAACGACAAAACCAUAACCUUUUCUCUGAAUGGUGAGCUGAUGAUGGACUCCAUGGGUCAGGAGAUAGCUUUCCGUGGGGUGGAGACAGGUGAGCCCUACGUUCCUGCUGUCACCCUCAGCUGUCACCAACAGUGUAAACUCAACCUGGGUCAGGAUGUAAACACCCUUAAGUUUUUUACUUGCUGUGGGCUCCAGGAAGGAUAUGAACCAUUUUGUGUUAACAUGACCCGUCCGAUGACUUUGUGGUAUGGGAAAGAGCUGGCUCUGUUUGGAGACAUCGGGGAGGACCACCCCAGUCUUCGGGUCCAGAGAGUCCCUGGGGCGAAAAAUGUCACACCUUGUUUGAAAGUGUUAUCAAAAACCUUUGGAACAUUGGAGAAGGUUCACUUGGAGUACCUUCGUCUUGGACUUCCAGUGAUCUGCAAAGAUGAAUUUGGUGUAAGGUCUGCAACCUAUCCGACUGCCUAUGAAAAACGGAUGAACCUGGAAAAUAUCCGGAGGCAUGAGAUGGACAUCCAGGAAGAGAGUGGAUACUCGGUGAACAAUCUAGACACAACCAUAGAGAACGGGUCCCUGGACAACAGCAGGAUCCUGACAGCAGAUACUAAACAAGCAAGCAGUCCCUCCAACAGUGGCCCCAGUGAGCUGACCCAGCCAGAAGCCACCCCCAUUACUCCAGUAAAUGGGGAAGCCUCCAUACAUGAAGAUGAUGAAGAAUAUGCAGAUGAAAUGAUGAAUGGUGACACAGAAUUUAGAAAAUCUGGUUAUUCAGAAGACACAGAAUUCAGCCAGACCACUGCAAGUGACAGAAGAAAGAAAUAUCUGGACAAGAGCGGUCGCCAUUCCUUGGAUGAUUCCUCACAAGACAAGAUGUCUACCUCCAGAAUCAAGCCGGCCUCUAGUGAGUCGCGCCUCAGUGGCUCAGACAAACCAAGCCUGAAUGUCCCUGAGGGCAAGAGGUCCUCCUCCAGACUGUCUCUACUGGGAGACAAACUGAUGGACACUGCUAAAUCUAUUGGAGACAAGAAAACAAAGACAGGCCGCUCACCAUUUCCUAGCAUCUUUAAGAAAAACAAGGGGGUAGACAUACCUUCACAAGACGGCAAGAGAACCAGGAGUGUGGAAUACGGAAGCAUUGACAGACGUGUGGAUCAUGGCAAGAGUCAAAGAGACCAACAAAGGCAGCCCAAUAAAUCAGCGACGCUACCCAUGUCAAGGAUGGCUAAAUCAUUGGACAGUGAAACAGGGAGCUCAACACAGGCACCUGUGAUUAACAUUGAGGCACCCAGAGGGAUGAUUCCAUAUGAGUUUCAGGAUGCCAUCGGUAGAAGGCGCCACAGCGAGGGAUCUGAUGCAGAAAUCUCGGAUGCUGAGCUGAGUGAGCUGCAAGCAAUGGCUGAUAUGAUUGACGAAUAUCACUACGCAGUGAGGAUUUUACCUGGACAGGACCCUGCACAGGUGUUUGUUGGAUGGGUGACUCCAGGUUUCCACUUCAGCGAAACAACAUUUGACAUGAAGAAAACCAGACACGUUGUUUUAACUACUCUAGAAUCUGAUUACAACUUGAAGCAAAGUGUGAGUAGGAAGAACUGUUACAUGGUUUCAGCCGGAGACCUUCAGCAAAGGUACGCAGGUCUGAGCCAGGAGAGCUCAGGUAAGCGGGCCUCCCCGGGGUUUGUAGUGGGCUGCUUCAUUGACACCAGCACUGGACUCUUGUCCUUCACAGUCAACAGCAAGGAGGUGGCCAACAAGUACCAGGUGGAGCCAGGCACUCGCCUGUUUCCUGCUGUCAUCUGCGAACCAACGAGCAAAGAAAUGCUGCAGUUUGAACUGGGACACACAAAGUACACUUUGCCCCUGUCAGCAGCAGUAUUCAGGGGACCUAAGCAGGUGAUCCCUGCCUGUCCCCCCCGGCUGGAUGUACAGGUCUUAAACCAAAGCUGCUGGGGUCGAGUGCCAUCCAACACCCUCAAAAUACACACUCUGAAAAUGUCAGAAACUAAAGGCUGGAGCAUGCUCUGUGACAAUGCUGUGGAAAUGCUGAGUGUGUAUAUACCAGAAGAGGAUAGAAGCAUUGAUGUUCUAGAACUAGUGGAACACCCAUCUCUACUAGAGUUCCAUGCUAAAACCCUGGAACUGUACAUGGCAGUGUGUUACCAUGGUAACCACCGAGUGUCCCAUGCUCUAACCCAUCAUGUGGACCUCAGACAGAUGAUGCAUUGUAUACAGUGUCUGUCUCUCUGUGGACCUUUAAGAAUGGGUUACCAUGAUCUGCUGAUUGCAAUGCACCUAGAGUCACAUGCCACUGCAAGACAAAUGACUCAGAACGAGUACAUCAUCCCCCUGACACCAGGUACCAAGGAGCUGAGUCUGUACCGUCGACCCAGUAACCAGGACCGGCAGUAUAAGAUCAAACACUCCAUACCCAACAUGGACGCCAGUGUUUCCAUCCGCCCGGCUCUGUUCAUCACCGAGAAACAGAUUGAGGGCAGAAUUAAAGAUGCUGGCCAGGAGUCCACAUCCCCAUUCUUCCCCAUUGAGAGACUCAAGGAAUACAUUCUGCGAGCUCUGCAGGAGGCCACCAUCAAGGGAGCAGCACACAUCAGGGACCCUGUGGGGGGAAGCAAUGCCAAUCUGUUUGUGCCCUUACUGAGGGUGGUGGACAACCUGCUGGUGAUGGGGCAGCUGACGGAUGAUGACCUGAUCUAUGUACUCCGACUGAUCGACCCUGAGGCCUUCAAUGACCACUACAUUCCAGGGGAUAAAAAAGAUGGAAUUCUUAACAUGAAGUUGGAUGAAGCAGUCAAACUGGAGAUGUGUCAUUUUCUACAACACCUGUGUGAUCUACAACUGCGACACAGAGUGGAGUCUGUGGUUGCCUUCUCUGAUAAUUACGUGGAAUCUUGUCAGAAUGACCAGAAGAGGAGAUACAUUGAGAUCAAACAGUCGGACCUACCUUCUGCCGUCACAGCUAAAAUGACACGAGAGUUCCGAUGUCCCCCUGCAGAACAGAUGAGGAAUUUGCUAGCUUUCAAAAAUCCAGAUGACUCAGAAGAGCCAGUCCAGUACUCUCCCUUCCAAGAAGAGAUGCAUGCCAGACUCUGGAAAUUCCACCGCGAUUUGAUCCACCACUGCUCCAUGCCGACAGCUCCAGAGGAUCAGGAAGGAGAGAAGGAGAAGCAGGAGGAGGUGUUGCCACCCACCACCGGCGAGAAACUCCUACAGCUGGUGUGGAAGGCCAAGGAAGAGGCUCCAGUACAGGAAACAACCAAUGGGGAGUCGGCCUCAGCAACACUUCAAAACCUGAUACAGCAGACAGUGAUUAAGUGGGCAGAGGAAUUGACAAUACAGAGCCAAGACCUAGUGAGAGAGAUGUUCAGUCUGCUACACAGACAGUACAAUGGCAUAGGGGAGCAACUGAAAGCACUAGACAAGGCCUAUGUGAUAAGUAUUGGCAGUAAGGAUGACAUCAAACAGCUGCUGAGAGCACUAGGAAACAUCCGCUCUCUGUUACUCGUACAGGCCGGACCCAGCGAAGAGGAACUCAUGAAAAACAGUCUCAAAGAGCUGAUGGACAACAAGGUGUUUUUCCAGCAUCCUGAUUUGAUGCGGGCCUUGUGUGUCCAUGAGACAGUGAUGCAGCUGAUGGUCAACACUCUGAACAAAGCUCAGCAGCAGCAGCAGUCGGCUAACAGUGCCAUGGCGGAGCUGAUCUCCUCCCAGCAGGGGCGAAGAGGGUCUUUUAUCCCCUCGGGGACGCUAGACAGCCUGGUGGAACACACAAAGGAUGCUGCUGCAGAAAUGGUGGUGAUGUGCUGUCGAUUCUUGUGUUAUUUCUGUAGAACCAGUCGCCAGAAUCAGAGAGCCAUGUUUGAACAUCUGAGCUAUCUUCUGGAAAAUAGCAGCAUGUUACUAGCACGCCCCUCACUCCGGGGAUCCUGUCCCCUUGAUGUGGGUUACUCUUCCCUUAUGGACAACAAUGAAUUGGCCUUGGCCCUGAGGGAGAGUCACCUGGAAAAAAUCGCCAUGUACCUGUCCAGGUGUGGUCUACAGUCCAAUGCCGAACUCCUGGAGAAAGGCUACCCAGACAUAGGCUGGGACCCUGUGGAGGGCGAGAGGUUCCUUGACUUCCUAAGAUUCUGUGUAUGGGUAAACGGUGAGAGUGUUGAAGAAAAUGCUAAUCUAGUUGUUCGUCUCCUGAUCCGUCGCCCAGAGUGUCUGGGACCUGCUUUAAGAGGAGAGGGAGGGGGAUUACUGAAGGCCAUCAAAGAUGGAAUCAGAAUGUCUGAACAGAUUGCUGCUUCCAAAGACAGUCUGUCUGGUAGCUACCUGUCAGCUCUCAAUGAUGAGGAUGAUUCAGGGGGAAGAUAUCUGUUUCAAAGCAAGUAUGACUUCUCCUCCCUGCCCCCAGAGGAUGAUGAGGAUUACAUUGACAUGGGAGGGGCUAUCCUGACUUUCUACUCUAGCCUGGUUGACCUGCUCGGGCGCUGUGCCCCAGAGGCAGAGGCAAUCAAGUCGGGCCGCAGUGACUCCAUCCGAGCCCGGGCUAUCCUGCGCAGUUUGGUGUCUAUGGAAGACCUAGAGGGCGUGUUGGGACUUAGGUUUAUACUGCCUGUCAACCAGCCACCACCCUCCUCAGAGGAUGCUGACAGCUCAUCUCCUCCGGCAGUCAGCUUGCCACCAGGGCUGAUUCCCACACACAAGGCCUCCAUCAUGAUGUUCCUAGAGAGGGUAUAUGGCAUCGAGGACCAGGCUACUUUCUUUAGAAUCCUAGAGGAUGCCAUACUACCAGACCUGAGGGCAGCAACCACUCUAGACAUUCAGGUGAAUGCAUCGGAGAAUGACAUGGCGCUGGCUCUGAACCGCUACAUUGGUAGCUGUGUGUUGCCCAUCCUGACAAACUACAGUCAUUUCUUCAGUGACGCCGACCAUGCCUCGGCAUUGCUGGACUCCACCCUCAACACAGUGUACCGACUGUCCAAGUGCCAGUCCCUCACCAAAGGACAGAUGGAUGCAGUCUCGAACUUCCUCAUCUCGUUUACCAAUCAGUUGAGGCCACCAAUGAUGACAAAGCUGUUGAGGAAACUGACUCAUGAUGUGCCUGUUCUUAAUGAGAACACUGUCAUACCACUAAGGGUACUGACAUCUUAUUACGAGAGAUGUGGCCGCUACUACAGUGUAGGUGGGUGGGGAUCUUAUGGAAGUGCCACAGAGGAAGAGAAAAGACUAACAAUGAUGCUGUUUACAGGCAUUUUUGAUGCUUUAGCUCAGCGGUCCUAUGACCCUGAACUCUUUUCUAAAGCCCUACCCUGCCUGUCGGCCAUUGGCUGUGCUCUGUCACCUGACUACUCUCUGUCCAAUCAUGACGAUCACUGGUUGCAAGAUUCCAGUGAGGACUUCAAUGGAUCUUAUAAUCCACAGCCAGUUGACACAGGAAGAAUCAAGUUGAAUCAGAACUAUGAUGUGACAAUCAACAGGUUUGCAGAACAUUUCCAUGACUGUUGGGCCAUCAAAAAGAUUGACCAGGGCUGGGUGUUUGGCACCAACUAUGAUGAUGAAAGGAAAACUCAUCCCAAGCUGAAACCAUAUCAUCUCUUGGAUGAAGAAAGUAAGUCUAAGUACAUGAGUCCGAUCAAGGAGAACCUGAAAGUAAUGCUAUAUUGGGGCUGGAGUCUUGAGCAGGACCAGGCCCGCCUACAGGCCAACAGGGAGAGCAUGAGGCGCCGCAUGUCCAAGGACGGGGCUCAUCAUGGAUACAGUCCUAAACCAUUUGAUCUCAGAAACAUGACUCUGACCCGAGAGAUCCAGGCACUCGCUGAAAGGCUAGCAGAAAACUCACAUGAUCUCUGGGCAAAGACAAAGAAACAGGAACUGGAGGAGAUAGGGGGUGGUGUCCACCCACAGCUGGUGCCCUAUGACACCCUGACAGACAAGGAGAAGAGGAAAGUGCGAGACCACGCCCAGGAGCUACUCAAGUUCCUACAGUUUCAGGGUUAUCGCCUCAACAGUAGCAGUGACACAGACAUAAACCAACAGCGACGUAAAUCUGGUUCUAGACCCAGCAAGGAUAAGAACUCGGAUGGAGUGGGUGUGUCCGCCACGGAGAAGAGGUUCGCCUACAGUCUACUGGAGAAGUUGCUGGGCUAUUUUGACAACGCCUCCUCUAAUCUGAUGGAAACCAGACCCAGUAGUCGAUUUAGUCGCAGAGGAAGCUACUCCACUGCCUCGGAGGAUGUCAAGUUCUUUGCAAAGGUUGUCCUUCCAUUUGUCAAGAAGUAUUAUCAUGCACACAAGGACUACUUUGUGGGUAAAGCAGGAUCCUCAACUAGCUCCUCCCUGGCAUCUGUCAAAGAAAAGGAAAUGACAGCUAGUUUGUUCUGUAAGCUGGCUGCCACCCUUAGAACAAAGAUUACAGCAUUUGGCCAUGAUGUCAACAUCUCUGUAAGAUGUCUGCAAGUGUUGGUCAAAGCUGUGGAUGCUAGGUCAGUGGUGAAGAACAGCCCCGAGAUGGUAAGAGCCUCCCUCCUGCCUUUCUUUAACAAUGCAGCCGAUGACCUUGCUCAGGUAGUGGACAAUUUGAACAAAGGCCGUUUCAGCCACGUCAAGGGCACCAUCACCCGAGGUGCCACCAGUCUCGACUAUGUACACAUGGUGCUUCUACCUGUUCUCUCCUCUAUGUUUGAUCACCUUGGGGCGCACAACUUUGGACCUGAUCUCAUCGUUGGAGAUGCUCAGUUGGCCUGUUACCGCAUCCUGAACUCCCUCUACUGCCUGGGAACCAGCAACAAUGUCAUCAUCAACAGGGACACUAUUUUGUCGGAGUUGUCCAGACAUCGGCCAGCCUUGGGUGAGUGCCUGAGUUCCUUUGCUAGCUGUUUCCCUGUGGCCUUCCUGGAGCCUGAGCGCAACAAGUUUAAUCGUAACUCUCUGAUGUACGGAAUAGAGGAGGAGAAACUAGCUGAGCAUUCACUGGAAGCUCAAGAGGUUAUGGAGCUCUUGGCUCAGACAUUGCCUGGACUACAAAAAAUCAUUGAGGAAAUAGCAGACCUGGCAGAAUCGGGCGGAAAAUACCAGGAGGCCCCUCAUGUCAUUGAGGUCACCUUGCCUAUGUUAUGCAGUUACCUGCCAUUUUGGUUGUCUCACAGUAACCUUGAUGGGAUGAACAAGGUUACAGCAGUUACAGAGGAACUGAUGAACCAAGUUCUCGGCAAUGUCUUGAAGCUCAUCCGUAACAACAUUGGUGCAGUGGAUGCACCAUGGAUGAACAGAAUUGCAACUCGAACACAGCCUAUCAUAGCCAACUCUACACCAGACAUGAUACAUGACCACUUCCUGCCAAUAGCCACAAUCCUUCAGCACAACAGUCAGAUCGUGGAGAGGAAGGAGAAGCAGCUGCUGGCCAGUAAACAUGGCUCCAGCGAAACAGCGGACCUAGAGGCAGACGUCCAGCAGGCCUAUGGCAUACUGGUGAGAGACACGUAUGCGUUUUUCCCUCUACUGAUUAAGUAUGUGGAUCUCCAUCGGUCCAACUGGCUGAAGCACCCCACCAUGGACGCUGAGGAACUCUUCAGUUGUGUAGCAGAACUGUUUGGCCUCUGGUCCAGAUCAUUAAUGUUUAAGAGAGAGGAGCAGAACUUUGUUCUGGGGAAUGAAAUAGACAACAUGGCCCUGAUAAUGCCCAGUCAGUCCAAGUCUAGCUCCUCAUCCACUGCCAAUGCGAUGCCCCCACCGCCAACUGACGGAAAGCGGGCUGGGAGAAAGCGAGAGAAGAAGAGGUUGGAGCCACACAACAGCCUGAAUGUGGCCUGUCUCAAGAGGCUCUUACCGAUCGGACUGAGUUUUUUCAGCGGCCGCGAGCAGGAGUUACUCCAGCAAGUCAAACAGAAGCUUAUAGAGCAAAGCUCAGAUGAGUUGGAUUAUGAUUUCAAUGUAACGGAAUCGGAAGCAGAUAUUGAGGACUUCAUGCAACAGAAGCUUGAUGCAGAGGAAGGGCCAACUGAUGAAAAAGUUCAGUGGCAGAAGGUGUUGUACACAAAGAUAGGAGGAGUAGAGAGGACCAAUGUGGACCAGCACCAUGUUCUCAGCAAGAUUCUCUCCAUGGCUAAAGUGAUGCAUGGCCUACACAUGGUGGAACAUCCGUCCGGCUCCCACAAGAAUGUGUGGAAGAAGGUAAUCUCCACCCAGAGGAAGCGGGCGGUGAUGGCCUGCUUCAGGAUGGUGCCCCUCCACAGUCUGCCCAGGCACCGAGCCAUUAAUCUAUUCCUGAAUUCCUACAAGGAGCAAUGGCUGGGAACAGAGGAAUAUGAGAAGAAAGUGUUGAUAGAGGACCUCACUAGAGCUGAUGAAGAGGAAGAAGACUUGGAGAAGAAGGAGGAGGUGGAGGUGAAGCCGGACCCGCUGGAUCAGCUGAUCACCUGUCUGAGUCGGGCCGCCACGAAGGAGCAGCAUGGCAGCCUGCCCGAGGACGAUCUGUACAUGUCCUAUGCUCAGAUCAUGGCCCAGAGUUGUCAUGGUGAGGAUGAAGAUGAUGAUGAUGAUGAGGGCGGGGAUGAAGAAGGACCGGGAUCUUCCUUCCAGGAACAAGAGAUGGAGAAGCAGCAGCUGUUGUUUGAACAGUCACGGUUGGCCGACCGCGGGGCUGCUGAGAUGGUGCUCCUCUACAUCAGUGCCAGUCGGGGAGUGAACAGCCCCAUGGUAGCAGACACUAUAGAGCUGGGGAUAUCACUGCUGAGAGGAGGAAAUGUAGAAGUUCAAAAGAACAUGCUUAAGCACCUGAAGGAGAAGAAGGAUGUAGGUUUCUUUUCCUCUGUGUCCGGCCUGAUGCAACAGUGCAGUGUUCUGGAUUUGGAUGCAUUUGAGAGAAUAAAUAAAGCGGAGGGUUUAGGAAUGAGUUCGGAUGCUUGCUCUGGAGAGAAGAAUCUGGAGGAUGCUGCCACCACCUGUAAACUGUUCCGCUUCCUGCAGCUACUUUGUGAGGGCCACAAUCUGGAGUUCCAGAACUACCUGCGGACACAGGCAGGUAACAACACGACGGUGAACAUUGUGAUUUGUACUGUGGACUACUUACUGAGGCUGCAGGAGUCCAUGAUGGACUUCUACUGGCACUACUCGGGCAAGGAAAUCAUUGACCCGUCAGGCAAGGGCAACUUCUGCCGGGCCAUCAACGUGGCCAAGCAGGUGUUCAGGACUCUUACUGAGUACAUUCAGGGUCCCUGUUCCCUGAACCAGCUGGCCCUGGCACACAGUCGACUGUGGGAUGCUGUAGGAGGGUUCCUCUAUAUAUUCGCCCACAUGCAGGAUAAACUGUCUAAGGAUUCCACCCAACUAGAGCUGCUGAGAGAAUUCAUGAAACUUCAGAAGGAAAUGAUGAUCAUGUUACUGUCUAUGUUAGAAGGUAAUGUAAUGAAUGGUCCAAUUGGGAAACAGAUGGUUGACACUUUGGUAGAAUCACAGGCCAAUGUGGAGAUGAUAUUGAAAUUCUUUGACAUUUUCCUAAAGAUGAAAGACCUCACAUCAUCUGAAGCCUUCUUGGAAUAUGAUACAAAUGGUGAUGGCUGGAUAUCCGUUAAAGAGUUCCGCAGGGCUUUAGAUUCAAUGAAGAUUUACAAUGAAGAGGAGAUAGAAUACAUCAUGAUGUGCGUGGACGCUAACCAGGACGGUAAGGUAGACUUUAACGAGUUCACCGACCGCUUCCACAACCCAGCCAAGGACAUCGGCUUCACCAUGGCAGUCCUGCUGACCAAUCUGUCAGAGCACAUGCCAAAUGACCCCAGACUGGAGAGGUUCCUGGAGAAGGCUCGCUCCGUGCUCGACUACUUUGGGCCGUACCUUGGCAGGAUUGAGAUCAUGGGCAGUGCCAAUAAGAUAGAAAGGGUCUACUUUGAAAUCAAACAGUCUCACAUUGACCAGUGGGAGAAGCCCCAAAUUAAGGAGUCAAAGAGGUCCUUCCUCCACAGUGUGGUCAAUGAGGGAGGGGACAAGGAAAAACUAGAGAGCUUUGUUAAUUUCUGUGAAGACACCAUUUUUGAAAUGCAACAUGCUACAAGUAUAAGUGCUGAGGAGCAGAGGAUUGCAGCCCUGAGGAGCGGUAUGGGAGUGCCUGAAGAAAGUGGAGGAGGAGUGCUGGAGCCACUGCGCUUCACCUGUCGGUUCCUGUUUGGUGCUCUGACCACCUUUCUGUCAUUCUUCACCUGGACUAACCUGAAAACAACGUACCAGGCGUUUAAAAGGAUGACAUGGCCCCAGGUUGUCUGGACCCUCAUCAAACUCUGUGUCAAACUGAUCUUCACCCUCAUCACAUUUAUAUUCCAUGUCUUCUGGACUUUAUUGAAGUUUGUUGUGAACAUGAUGAAGGGUGAACAUGAUAAAGAGUCUGUUGAAAAGCCAGAAGUCCUAGCUCUUCCAGCACCCUCCUUCUCAGAUGACUCUAAGCCUCCACCAGUGCAGAAUGGAACUCCAGCUGUUCCAACAGAAGACGAAAUCACGUCACCCACCUCUAUACCGACUGAGACAGGGGCAGAAUGUCCAGUCACAAGUAUACCAACAGAGGAACCCUCCGAGGUUCCCCCACCGGAUGAAGAAUUUCUGGGACCUCCUAUUCCACCUCCCAGGACCUCAGCUGAAAGCAAAUCAAAACCAAGCGAAGAAGAUGUUCCAUAUGAGACAAAAGGAUUUGACUAUGGAAAAUAUGCUCUGUAUUUAAGUGUAUUAGAACAGAAUUUGAUUUCUGUAGGGAGCCUGUUUGCCCGGAACUUCUACAACUUUAAGUACGUUGCCCUGUUCCUCGCCUUCAUCAUCAACUUCAUGCUGCUCUUCUACAAGGUAAACAAAGUGAGACAUGAACCGGCGCAGCAGGAGUCCAAUGGGAACAUGACAGAGGAGGAGGAGUUUGACGAGAUAGUGACCAUGCAGGGAGACAACAACUACAUGGAGAUCUUCGUCCGCCUCCUAGCGAUUGGCCAUACUCUGGUCUCAUUCUCCAUGCUGAUAGCCUACUACUGCCUCAAAGUGCCUCUAGUCAUAUUCAAGAGGGAGAAAGAGAUUGCUAGGAAGUUAGAGUUUGAGGGAUUAUGGGUAGCAGAACAGCCAGACGAGGACCUCAAAGGUCACUGGGAUAAACUGGUUCUGAGUACACAGUCGUUCCCAGACAGCUACUGGGAUAAGUUUGUCAAGAAGAAGGUACGAGCCAGAUAUGCUGAGCAGUAUGACUAUGAGGCCAUAAGUAACCUACUGGGAAUGGACAAGGGAGAUUCAAUAAAGAUUGAAGAAACAAAAUCCACAGGAUUCUUCCCUAGUUUCUUGUUUAAUGUGGACUGGCAAUAUCAGAUUUGGAAAUGGGGUGUCAUUUUCACAGACAAUUCUUUCCUGUACAUUGCCUGGUACUUUAUCUUUUCUGCCAUGGGGAAUUUCAACUACUUUUUCUUUGCUGCUCAUUUAUUGGAUGUUGCAAUUGGUUUCAAGACGUUAAGAACCAUUUUACAGUCCGUAACCCAUAAUGGAAAACAGUUGGUGCUGACAGUGAUGUUGACCAGUGUGGUGGUCUAUAUCUACACAGUGAUAGCCUUCAACUUCUUCCGCAAGUUCUACGUCAAAGAGGAGGACGGGUCUGUUGACUACAAGUGCCAUGACAUGCUGACCUGCUUUGUGUAUCACUUGCACACUGGAGUAAGAGCAGGAGGAGGAAUCGGUGAUGAGAUAGAGCCAGCAGACGGCGAUCCGUCAGAGGUCUACAGGAUCCUGUUUGACAUCACUUUCUUCUUCUUUGUCAUCGUUAUCCUCCUGGCCAUUAUUCAAGGUUUGAUCAUUGAUGCCUUUGGAGAAUUGAGAGAUCAACUGGAACAAGUCAAGGAGGACAUGGAGUCCAAGUGUUUCAUUUGUGGAAUUGGGAAAGAAUAUUUCGAUAAAGUACCACAUGGUUUUGAAACCCAUGUCAUGAAGGAACAUAAUUUUGCAAAUUACAUGUUUUUCCUGAUGCACUUGAUCAACAAGCCAGACACAGAGUAUACAGGCCAGGAGUCGUAUGUGUGGGAGCUCUACCAGCAGCGCUGCUGGGACUUCUUCCCAGUUGGAGACUGCUUCAGGAAACAGUACGAGGAUGAGGGAGACAAGAGCUGAUUAGUGGACUCCUGCCACACCCACAGGGAGGCUUACACCCAGAGCGAGGCUUAACCUGGAUUUAUGCAAACAUUUUGUUUUUUUAAAUGAACUCAGUCUGGAAAAAUUGUGCAUGAAAUAUUUUGUGAUCUUUUAUUGUCUCCAGCACCUUUUAUUGCUUUUUCCUGUUAAUAUACAGUAUUAGUUGUCACCAGAAACAGCCUGGGAAUAUAUAUAUUUUUUGCUAGACUUUGCAUAUCCAACGCUUACCAAAUAUUAAUUUAAAAAUUGUUUGACGGAAGGAAUCAGAUAAUCUGGAAAAGAAGAUUGAUAGAGCUUGUGUAUUUAUUUGAAGAAAUGCCUGUUUUAUGGCUAAGAUGGUUGCGUCAUUGUGUGAGGAGGAUAUCAGUUUUGUGUGAUCUAGUUAUUUAGUUUCUUGUUGAAGUUUUGAGCCUUUUGAUAUAAAUCGUCAUGUUGAAUUGUAUUAACCAAUUGUGUGAGUGUAAUGUGAUGAAGUGCAAUAUUUUCCUUUGUUCUGUUUUGAAUUUUGUAGUUUUUUGUCUCAUAUAUCAUAACAUUACAAAUCUUUGCCAUGUUUUUUUUUUAUGUGCAAUAUUAAUGUCCUGAAUAAGGUUUGUUAUGUAUUAGGUAUGGUUUACAACACCCACUUUAAUUUUAUCUAUUUAAUUAAUAAAAAAGUGUUGAAAAUG